AUGGUCCUUCACAACCCGAACAACUGGCACUGGGUCAACAAGGAUGUCUCGGAGUGGACAAGAGCCUGGUUCACCGAGAACCUGACCAAGACCGAGGUGGAGGACGGGGGCUCAAAGGUCAAGAUUAGCAAGGUCAUCACCUGCGACGGUGAUGUCGACGUUAGCCAGCGCAAGGGCAAGGUCAUCACAAUCUACGACGUGAAGCUGGUCCUCGAGUUCUCCGGCUCCGCCCCGGAGGCAGACGAUGUGUCCGGCACCAUCACCGUGCCCGAGGUUGCACACGACACAGAGGAGGACGAGUUUGUGUUCGACGUCGACGUCUACUCCGAGUCGAAAGAGAAGCAGCCGGUCAAGGAUCUCAUCCGCUCCAAGCUCGUCCCUCAGCUGCGACAGCAGUUUGUCAAGCUGCCUUCUGCCCUGAUUGCCGAGCACGGCAAGGACAUCCAGCACGCGCCUGGGUCCAAUCCUUCCAGCGGCUUCUCGACUCCCAAGUUCCAGCCCAAGCCCUCCGCCCCGGAACCAGCCUCGACCACCGUCAAGUCGAGCAAGGGCGCUGUUGUCAACACCACCACCGUGAACGACAGCGAGGAGUUCCGCACGACCGCAGAGGAGCUGUACAAGACUUUCACCGACCCUCAGCGGAUCGCGGCCUUUACGCGUGCGCCCCCAAAGGUCUUUGAGGGCGCCAAGAAGGGCGGCAAGUUCGAGCUGUUCGGGGGUAAUGUGCACGGCGAGUACCUGGAGCUGAGCGAGCCCACCAAGAUCGUGCAGAGCUGGAGGCUGGAGCAGUGGCCAGCAGGACACUUCUCGAAACUGGAGAUUGAGUUCGACCAGAACGAUGUGGACUCGGUGACGGUCAUGCGCGUCAACUGGACCGGUGUGCCAGUGGGCCAGGAGGAGGUCACCAAGGAGAACUGGCAGAACUACUACGUCCACAGCAUCAAGAGGACUUUCGGUUUCGGCACCAUCCUCUAA